CGCGUUGUCUAUAGAUAUAGAUAUAGAAAUAGAUAUAGUAUAACCGUAUAACCACUUACCAGUUACCAGAUUGCUUUGGCAACCGUCGUCACGUGAUCGUGUCGCGAUCGCUCAUUCUGCUCAUUCUGCUCGUCAUUCAUCUGUCGCCUCGUCUUGUGCAAUUUGGCUGUCGAAUGUGGAAGAAGAAUGUCUUGCAUCUGGAUUUGUGUACCGAGCUCUUAACGUUUGUCUGUCGCCGUACUGUGAUCUAGUGCCUUUUCAAUCGAUCAGCUUGACCUUUUUGAGUUCGCCGAUCAGGAAAUUGUUGAAAUUCCACCAUCAUCAUCAUCAUCACAAAAUAGUGGAAAAUGUCUAGCCCAUGUGUGUUCCUGCUGAUGGGUUUACUAUAUCUCUGCCUGGGUCCAUCCAUAACUGCCCAAGGCUCGGAAUUGGCAGAGCGCAACCACAAGAAACGACAAAUCUAUCGGGAACAAGUAUUGCCACAUGCGGGUGGUAAGAUACCCGACACCGCCUUUGAGACGGACCGAUUGUUUCUGAAUCGCCUGCAGAAGGAGGGCAUCGCAGUGCCAGAUGGCAUAUUGCCCGAGCAGCGGAAUCCUCAGGUGUAUCAGUACUACAGCAAACCCAUGCGCACCGUCUUCCACAUCGCACUCAGCUCGGAUGGGAGGUAUACGCCGCGGGAGGGACGAUACCACUACCGCCAGGUGCCCACGGUGGAGACCACGUACCUGUAUCCGCAGGCGGUGGGACGUCAGCACGUGGUGGUGCCGCCAAAGCACGCCUUGCCCGUCUACCGGCAGCUCCAGUUGCACAAUCCGCUGCUCAACCAGGUCAAGUUGCAGCCAAAGAAGAUGCCCAAUUUUCUGGAACUGGCGCCCACAGUUGGCAAGAGUCAGUCGCAUCCACUGGCCGGAUCGGCCAAGGCGCAGUCUUAUCAGAAUGUGAAUCUGCUGCAUGGUCACAGUCCGGUGCUGCCCGCUUUCAAGAAAACCUCCAGGGGCAGCAAGACCUAUGUGGACAGCUAUGGCACCACCCAUCUCUUUAGCGAGUUUGAUGAGCUGCUGAACAAAUUGGACCUGCAGCAAACGGGACGAAAGAAUUAUUAGUUUUAAAGGCAAUAAAAAUACCCAAAAUGUAGUUGAAUUUAUGAAUAUGGCAACUGUGAGAAUUAUCUCCAGCCACGAGUUAUGUUUACGAGUGGUUCGCAUCCAUUAUCUAACCAUGUGCAUAUCAUUUCAAAACCUUUUGCCAUACGCCCGCUCACCGUUUAGUGCAUUUCCAUUCCCAUUCCCAUGCCUGCGAGCCAUUCAUGCACAGAGAAAAAAUGUUGUCAUACUUGAGGCAAAUCACAUUUAAAAGCAGUAUUUCGAAAGAUAUGUUCUUGCAACGCUAUAUGUGAAUUUCUUUAUACUUCAAAUAAAUACUUUUUAUGUUAUUAAAUUAUCUUGUUUAAAUAACAGAAAUUCAUUGUAAUCAAGCUGUUUUGAGAUCUUAAACUUUCUAAAUCCUUUAAAGUUUCUGAAUGAAUAUGAAAACUAGAUCAUCAUAAAAGGUAAUUGCAUUUUUUUUGCGUGUAGGCAGUUGCAUCCAUCCAUCCAACCCAUUGCCAACCCAAAACCCAUCCACAUAUUGUACCAUCUAAGCCUGGCCAGGUGAAAUGGGAAUUCAUCGCUUUUAGCUAGUUAAGCGUAAACAAUUUGUAUCUUGCAAAAUAAACCAAUGCCGUAAACCCGU